AAAGAAUUAAUAGCUACCUAUCAGUUAGAUCCUCAUCAAGCUGACAGUAAUGGUAAGCUACCAAUUCAUUAUGCUGCUCAAUCUGGUGAUAUUUUACUACUGAAAUUAUAUGUGAAGGAUUACAAGUGUAGUCUGAGCCUAACAGCUAACAAAGGUCAGAAUGUUAUUCAUUAUUUAUCUUCAGAAGGUCACACUCACUUUAUCAAACAUAUCACCAGUCAGUAUCCUCAAUACAUUAGUUUACUACACUCUACUGACAGUGAGGGUAGAAUACCAUUGCUAUACGCCUGUGAGAGUGGUAAUAUUCAAUUAGUUUCAUAUUUAAAAAAUGAUAUGAAAUGUGAUAUCAAUGCUAAUAAUACACGUAAUGAAACAUGUGUCACAUUUGCCUGUCUAUCAGGUAAUCUUAAUCUAGUACAAUUGCUAAUACAACAGCAUAAGCUUGAGCCAUUUAAUCCUAAUAAAUAUGGUUUAACAGCAUUACAUGCAGCAGCACAGGCUGGUCAUACUCAUAUACUGGAAUGGUACAGUCAGGAGCAUAGUGUGGAUAUUGCUAAUCACACCAGCAGUGACAAGUACACACUAGCUCAUUUAGCUGCUUAUGGAGGCAAGCUACAUUGUCUACAGGAACUUAUCGACAAGUAUCAGUGUGAUGUUAAUGCCACUACUAUUGAUACUGGUAGUACAGUUCUUCAUGAAGCAUGUGAAGGGGGUCAUGUUCCUGUUGUACUUUAUCUCACUAGUCUUCCUCAGUGUAAUGUAGCAGCUAAGACUUCUAAUGGAUCAACAGUUCUUCACAUUACCUGUAUGUCCAGUGGCUCUCUUCCUAUACUCAAACAUCUGGUGGAUAAUCAUCAGUUAGAUAUGUGUGCUGUGAAUGAUGAGGGAAUGGCUCCUAUUCACUUAGCAUGUAGGGAGGGAAGAUUAAACUUGAUCCAGUACAUUAUAGAACACAUACCAUCAUCACUUGAACUACCUCACAGUAAAAAUGGUCAUACUCCAUUCCUUAAUGCAGUGUACUUCAAUCAGUUAGAGGUUAUUAAAUAUCUUAUUAGUAAGAAGUGUAAUCUAUCAGCUACUGAUGAUGAAGGGUCUGGAGCAGUUCACAUAUCAGUAGAGAGGGGUCACUUGAAUGUAUUGAAGUAUCUCAUUGAUAAUAAUUAUUGUAAUCCUAAUGCAACUGAUCAUCAAGACCAUACACCACUACAUGUUACUGUAGCAGAUAAUAAAUAUGAAAUAUUAGAAUAUUUACUGAGUAAGAGUAUACCUUCAAUGAGUUUUGUCUGGUUACGUGAGAUAAAGUGUUUAUUAGACAGUCCUCAUUUCAUAUUUAAUAAUUCUCAUAAUGCUGUACUUAUUUUUGUGCAAGAUGAAGAUGGUAAUACACCAUUACAUUUAGCUUGUCAACAUGGACGACAGAAUAUGGUAUCACUAUUACUAAAAGCCAGUCUAUCUAAUGGUAAUUUAUUGAUUACUAACAAGAAAGGACGGACACCAUUACACUUAGCAGUUGCCUCUGGUCAUAAGGAUAUUGCUGAAGCUUUACUGUUCUCAGUCACUGGUAGUUCUACUCAUCAUGAUCUCCUUACAGCUACUGAUAAUGAAGGAUCCACCGUAUUACAUACAGCUUGCAGUAAUGGCCAUAUUGAUGUGUUUCGUUAUUUAUCCAGUAUUUAUUCUCAAGGUGUUAAUGUAAUGGAUAAAAGAGGACAUGGUUUACUUCAUGCAGCAUGUGAGGGAGGAGAUAUUGGAAUAGUAAGAACACUAAUUGAGACACAUGGACUGGAUCCUUUAGCAGUAGAUGAAGAUGGCAUCACUUGCUUACACUUACUAGCAAUAAGAAAGAGAGUUUAUGUAUACCAGUAUUUGGAACCAAAUAUUGUCUCUAAUCCAGUACCUAAAGAUAAAUCUGGUCGUACUCCUCUUCAUUAUGCUUCUCGUUCUGAUAAUAUUCGUAUGGUAUGUUAUUUCAUAGAGACCUUCCCCUGUACUCCUGAUGAUCCUGAUAAUAAUGGAUACACUUCAGUUCAUGGAGCAUGUGAAGCUGGUAGUAUGGAGUUGGUACAAUACUUUCUGACUGAUCUCAAAUGUAAUGCACUAGCUGAAACUGAUGAUUGCAAAACCAUGCUUUACUUUGCUAGUAUGAGUUCUAAUUUAGUGCUUGUUCAAUUUUUAGUUAAUGCAUUCAGUUUAAAACCUCGUCCACAUGAUAUUGAAAUAGCUCAAUCAGUUAAUCCUGAUUCAUCAGUAGUUAAAUAUUUUCAAGAGAUACAUUAUGAUUUAUUUCUUUUAGAACAAAGCAAAGUGAGUGGAUAUCAUGAGAAACUUGAAGGACAACAGGUUGACCCACCAGUACAAGAUAUUGUGUCUUAAGCACAACCUUAUCACCAUAUUACUACGAUAUCAGUCCAUUGCAUGUAACCUAUCACCAUUACCAAUACACCAUUUUACUACAUCACCAUAUGUAACCUAUCACCAUUACACCAUCAUACCUAUCCUACCACCUUACCACCGUCUAACUACCUUACACCACUUUAGUACCAUCAUCACCAUUACACCGUAUACCGACAAUGGUUACCAAUAUCACCAAUCCUAU